AUGGCUGCAGCGGGGCCGGCGCAGCUCCAGGUGGCCUUUGAGGACGUCGCUCUGUAUUUCACCCGGGAGGAGUGGGAGCUCUUAUCCCAGCCAGAGAAGCAGCUGUACCAGGACCAGAUGCUGAGGAAUUACUGGGUCCUCGUUUCCCUGGGCUAUUCAGGUUCCACACCGGACUUAAUCCACUGGAUCGAGGUAGGCGAGGCAGAGCUCUGGAUCCAGGAUGCUGAGGACUCCAGGGAAACCUCAGGGCCUGAGAGCCCAUCCCGAGGGCUCGGGAUCCUGGGGGGAACGCGGACACAGUCUGAAUGUGGGGAAAGCACGGCAGGGAGGCAAGAUUCCACAUCCCAUAGAGGGAUCCAUGCACAGGACGCAGUCCAUCCCCGGGAUAAAUGCAGCCAGAGACUAGACCUUGCUACACACCAGAGACUGCCCAUGGGCCGGCGUCCGCACCACUGCAUCGACUGCGACAAGAGGUUCAGCAACCGCUCUGCGCUGAACCAGCACCAGUGCACGCACACAAGGGAGUGGCUGCACCGCUGUUCUGACCGCGGCAAGGCCUUUGCACGGAGCUCACACCUGAGAAGACACCAGCGCGCACACACUGGGGAGUGGCCGCUUCGCUGCGCUGACUGUGGCAAGGGCUUUGCAGAGAGCUCAAAGCUGAGAAUACACCAGCGCACGCACACUGGGGAGCGGCCACAUCGCUGUCCUGACUGCGGCAAGGCCUUUGCAGAGAGCUCAAGCCUGAGAAUACACCAGCGCAUGCACUCUGGGGAGCGGCCGUACCGCUGUGCCCACUGUGGUAAGGGAUUCUACAGUGCCUCCACACUGACCCAGCACCAGCGCACGCACAGCGGGGAGCGGCCGCAUCUCUGUGCUGAGUGCGGCAAGGGCUUUGCAUGGCGCUCAGAGCUGAGAAGACACCAGCGCGCGCACACUGGGGAGCGGCCGCAUCGCUGUGCUGACUGCGGCAAGACCUUUGCGCGGAGCUCACACCUGAGAACACACCAGCGCGCGCACACUGGGGAGCGGCCGCAUCGCUGUGCUGACUGCGGCAAGGGCUUUGCAGAGAGCUCAAAGCUGAGAAUACAUCAGCGCACGCACACCGGGGAGCGGCCGUACCAGUGUGCUGACUGCGACAAGGGCUUUGCACAGAGCUCAAGCCUGAGAGCACACCAGCGCGCACACACCGGGGAGCGGCCAUACCACUGUGCCGACUGCGACAAGGGCUUUGCAGAGAGCUCAAGCCUGAGGAAACACCAGCGCACGCACACCGGGGAGUGGCCGCACCAUUGUGCCCACUGUGGUAAGGGAUUCCGCUGUGUCUCCACACUGACACUGCACCAGCGCGCACACACUGGGGAGCGGCCGUACUGCUGUGCUGACUGUGGUAAAGGCUUUGCAGGGCGCUCACAGCUGAAAAGACACCAGCGCACGCACACUGGGGAGCGGCCGCAUCGCUGUGCUGACUGCGGGAUGGGCUUUGCAGAGAGGUCAAACCUGAGAUCACACCAGCGCACACACACCGGGGAGCGGCCGUAUCGCUGUGCCGACUGCGGCAAGGACUUUGCACAGUGCUCAACCCUGAGAACACACCAGCGCACACACCGGGCAGCUGCCGCACCACUGACCUACCGCUUCUGUAAGGAGCUGGAUGCCACGCUUGGUGGCGACCCCACCUCCACUGCCAAGAGCCCUGUGGAUACUUCGGCGGGGCUGCAGGUGGUGGACAGGGGGCUCAAGCCCCAGAACGAAGUUGUGGACAAAGAGGUCAAGUUGGAGAACGUAGUGGAAUCCGCGGUGCCGCGAGCGCCCCCGGCGGCCGGACUCGGGACCCAGGCGUCCGGGGGGCUGGGCCGGAAGGUCCCGGCGCUGGGGCCUCCCCGGCUGCUGGAGCUGGCGGCGCAGGCGCGGGGCCCUUGGAACCGGGGCUGGGCCAAGGGAGGAGCCUUCCCGGGCCAGCCCGGCCCGUGCACAGGGCGGGUUCCGGCUGCAGCCCCAGGGCGGGGAGCGGGCGAGAGGCGGCCCCGGGGAAGCACCAGCCGCGGCCCCGGGGAAGCACCAGCCGCGGGGCGGGAAGUCGCUGCCCGGAGGAAGCGGCCGGGGCCGGGGCCGAGCCCGGCGAUGGCUGCAGCGGGGCCGGCGCAGCUCCAGGUGGCCUUUGAGGACAUCGCUCUGUAUUUCACCCGGGAGGAGUGGGAGCUCUUAUCCCAGCGAGAGAAGCAUCUGUACCGGGAUCAGAUGCUGAGGAAUUAUUGGGCACUCGUUUCCCUGGGCUAUUCAGGUUCCACACCGGACUUAAUCCAACGGAUCGAGUUAGGGGAGGCUGAGCUCUGGAUCAGGGAUGCCGAGAGCUCCAGGGAAAGCUCCGGGCCUGAGAGCCCCUCCUCAGCAGGGCACGAGAUCCUGGGAGGAACGAGGACAUGGUCUGGCUGUGGCAGGUGCUUUAGCCAGUCCUCAGUCCUGAAAAUACACCCGCGUACGCACACCGGAGAGCGGCUUUACUGCUGUGCUGACUGCGGGAAGGGCUUUGCAUGGACCUCAAAUGUGAGAACACACCAGCACACGCACACCGGGGAGCGACCACACCGCUGUGCUGACUGCGGGAAGGGCUUUGCACAGAGCUCACACCUGAGAACUCAUCAGCACACACACUCCGGGGAGCGUCCGCACCGCUGUGCUGACUGCAGCAAGGGCUUUGCAGAGAGGUCACACCUGAGAAUACAUCAGCGCACACACACGGGGGAUCGGCCGUACCACUGCGCUGACUGCGGAAAGGGCUUUGCAGAGAGCUCAAGCCUGAGAAGACACCGGCGCACGCACACCGGAGAGCGGCCAUACCACUGUGCUGACUGCGGCAAGUGCUUUGCACAGAGCUCAAUCCUGAGAAGACACCGGCGCAUACACACGGGGGAGCGGCCGUAUCACUGUGCUGACUGUGGUAAGGGCUUUGCACAGAGUUCAAGCCUGAGAAGACACCGGCGCACCCACACCGGGGAGCGGCCGUACAGCUGUGCUUACUGUGGCAAGAGUUUUGCAGAGAGCUCAAACUUGAGAACACACCAACACACACACAGCGGGGAGCCGCCGCACCGCUGUGAUGUUUGCAGCAAGAACUUCAGCAACACCAAUGCGCUGGCCAAGCACCAGCGCACACACACCGGGGAGAGGCCUUUCCAAUGCACUGACUGCGGCAAGAGCUUUGCAGAGAGCUCAAGCUUGAGACGACACCAGCGCACACACACUGGGGAGCGGCCAUACAGCUGUGCUGACUGUGGCAAGCGGUUUGGUAGGUUGGCCAACCUCACCCGGCACCAGGUCACUCACACCAACACCCCUCUGCCAUUGCCAGGGCCUGAGGGGCUUCUUGGAGCCAGUGGGCCUGACACAGCACCAGCAGAUGCAGACCAGCGAGUGGUCCUGUCCCCCUGAUGACCAGCAGAGACUGUGUGGGGCGGGGAAGGGAACUUGGUUGAGCAGCGUAGGGAAGAGCAGACCGGUGGUAGUAAAUUUAGAGAAUUGUCACAGUGUACUCCAUUAGGGAGCUAUCCCCUUUCCCCCCGUGUAGGCGGGAUCCAACUAUGUGUCUCUGUCCCACACACACUCAUGCAUCUAGCUGGGAUGCAGCCAGGACAACCCCCUCCCCCCCCCCCCCCCCCCGUCUAGAUGGGACCCAGCCAGGAACUUCUCCCCACACCUACCUCAGUUCCAGCCAGCAGGUGACUCUUGGGUGACAUCUAGAGGUGGGAUUUGCAGUCCUGUGGGGCCGGGCAGGACAGGACUGCCUGGUCCAUGUAAUUGAAAGAAGACUCAGGAACUGCUCAUGCCGUCUAUUUUAAAUAGAAAUAUGAUGAAGAACUACUAUGUACCUAAUGUGUAACAAAGGUCUGUCUAUUCAGGUGUUUCUUUGCUAUUAAAGAAGGUGAUGGGUUCAGAUGGCAUGUGGAGAAGCCAGUGUGAAGUGUAAAUCUUUAAGGUGAACCAGUGAAAAUGUUCUAAGCCCUAACUGUCUGUAAGGCGGUCGCGGCUCUCUCCCCGUCCGUCAGGAGCCUGUGCAGUCCCAGCUGCGCUUGAGCCGUAGGAAUUGGGAUACCUACAGGCAGAUUUCUCGAGGCUUGUGCGAAAAGGGCUGUGAUCGGGACACGCUGCAGUGCAGAGUGAAGAUAAAGGAGAUAAGGCAGGCGUACCAUAAGGCGAGGGAGGUGAACUGUCGUUCAGGUGCUUCACCUAAGACCUGCUGGUUCUAUAAGGAGCUGGACGCUAUCCUCGGUGGCAACCGCACCUCCAUUGCCAAGAGCCCUGUGGAUACUUCAGAGGGCAUGGGGCGGCGGAAAGAGGACCUAAGCCAGAGGAUGAAGUUAUUGAUGAAGAGUGGAGUUAGAUGAGGAUGUACAGCUCCUGGCGGGGUCGCCCAGUGGGGCAGGAAGCCAGGAACUGUUCUCCACUCCAGAGGUGUCUAGCCAGACUCAGCAGUUGCUCUCAAGGGAGCAAGAAGCAGGAGGUGAGAUGCCUGAUGUGGCCUUCAGGAACACCCCACGCAUGCUGGCUGAGUGUCCACCAGAUAAGAAAGCGCCCAAGACGCAGCAAAGAAGACAUGUUCCGGGAGGUCCGGCAGUGCUCCAAUGCAGAAAAAAGGGAACACAAGGAGUGCUGGAAAGCCGAACAGCAGGACAGAAAAGAGAAUCACACCUUUGUUAAGGACGCAAUUGAGCGGCUGAUUAAAGUAACGGAGGAGCAAACACAAAUGCUGAAGUCCUUAAUAAUGCUGCAGACUGAGGCCUUGCCUACACUACAGGGGAAAUUCGCUCUAAGCAACGCAAUUUGAGUUACGUGAAUAGCAUAACUCAAAUCGACAUAGCUUAGAUCUAACUUACCCAGGGGUCCACACUACGUGAUGUCGACGGGAGACAUUCUCCUGUCGACUCCCCCAUUCUUCUCGAUCUGGUGGACAGGAGUCGACGAGAGAGCGAUCUGCAGUCAAUUUAGCGGGUCUUUACUAGAGCCACUAAAUCGACAGACAAUGCAUUGAUCACCACUCAUGGAUGCCCGGUAAGCGUAGACAAGCCCUGAGCAGAUCAGUGCUCGACCUCCACUGCAGCACAUUCAGAACUCUUUCCCAUGUGCCACUCCCCCAAACUCCGCCCACAAUUCCUUUCCACUUUCCAGCACUUCUCAGUUUCCCAUUCACUCCACCCGCUCGGACAACUUUCCCAAUGAUAGCUAGACCUACACAUAGCUGUGAAAGUCUUCCCUUCCCUGGUUCCUACUUUCUCGCCAAGCAUCUGUGUGUUUGUGUGUGCUGUUUCUUGUGCAAUAAAAGCAAAGUUUUAU